AGAGAGAGAGAGAGAGAGAGAGAGUCAGGCAGGCACACGGGACAGGAGCACACCGGUCGGACUCGGAAGUCGCGAGGAUGGAGAUCCGUCCGGACCGCUUUAAGGCUCAGGCAGGAAAAACUUUGGGGAAAAUACACAGACUCCUCGAGAAACGUCAGCAGAAUGGCGAGACGAUCGAGCUGUCAGCAGAAGGUCGCCCGGAGCUGGUGGAGGAGAAGGAGCUUCCCGUCGUGGACUGCACGUGUUUUGGGUUGCCUCGCCGUUACAUCAUCGCCAUCCUGUCAGGCCUGGGCUUCUGCAUCUCAUUCGGCAUCCGCUGUAACCUGGGUGUAGCCAUCGUCAGCAUGGUCAACGACCACACGAUUUACUCCGGAAAGAAACCUAUCAUAGUGGCUGCUCAGUUCACAUGGGACCCAGAGACAGUUGGGAUGAUUCACGGCUCGUUCUUCUGGGGUUACAUUGUCACGCAAAUCCCUGGAGGAUUCAUCUGUCAAAAGUUUGCUGCUAACCGGGUGUUUGGCUUCGCCAUUGUGGCCACUUCGACACUGAAUAUGCUGAUCCCAUCAGCAGCUAGAGUUCACUACGGGUGUGUUAUCAUGGUCAGGAUCUGCCAGGGCCUUGUGGAGGGCGUGUCAUAUCCCGCAUGUCACGGGAUCUGGGCCAAAUGGGCUCCGCCCCUUGAAAGAAGUCGAUUGGCAACAACAGCGUUCUGUGGUUCAUAUGCUGGUGCUGUUGUUGCAAUGCCUUUGGCUGGAGUCUUGGUCCAGUACACCGGGUGGUCCUCAGUGUUUUAUGUGUAUGGAAGUGUUGGGAUAUUCUGGUAUCUCUUCUGGAUUUUAGUGUCCUAUGAGAGUCCAGCUGCUCACCCAACCAUCUCACCAGAGGAGAGGAAGUACAUUGAGGAUGCCAUCGGGGAAAGCGCCGGCCUGGUCAACCCCCUACAGAAAUUUAAGACUCCCUGGCGGCACUUCUUUACCUCCAUGCCAGUGUAUGCCAUCAUCGUGGCCAACUUCUGCAGAAGCUGGACCUUCUACCUGCUCCUCAUCAGCCAGCCUGCUUACUUCGAGGAGGUGUUCGGCUUUGAAAUCAGCAAGGUGGGGAUGGUGUCUGCACUUCCUCAUUUAGUGAUGACCAUCAUUGUGCCAAUAGGAGGACAGCUGGCCGACUACCUGAGAACACAUAAUUUAAUGACCACAACAAAUGUCCGUAAACUCAUGAACUGUGGAGGGUUUGGCAUGGAAGCCACUCUACUCUUGGUUGUCGGUUUCUCACAUACCAAAGCAAUUGCCAUUUCUUUCCUUGUACUGGCUGUUGGCUUCAGUGGAUUUGCAAUUUCAGGGUUUAAUGUGAAUCAUCUUGACAUUGCUCCACGUUACGCCAGUAUCCUGAUGGGAAUCUCCAAUGGAGUGGGAACUUUGUCAGGAAUGGUGUGUCCUCUCAUAGUUGGAGCAAUGACCAAACAUAAGACACGUGACGAGUGGCAAUAUGUCUUCCUCAUUGCAUCACUGGUGCAUUAUGGGGGGGUGAUAUUUUAUGGGAUCUUUGCAUCAGGUGAGAAGCAGCCAUGGGCGGAUGCUGAGAAUACUAGUGAGGAGAAGUGUGGCAUUCUGGGAGAGGACGAGCUGGCCAAUGAAACGGAAGAGCUGUACAGGACUGGCGGGCAGUACGGAGCGAUAAACAAUCCGCAUGCUGGUGGUCCGAAUGGGGGCGGAGCUGGUGCUGGGGCAGGAUGGGUAUCGGAUUGGGAUAAAACAGAAGAAUAUGUUCAACCGGUUGGGACGAAUAGUUAUUUAUAUGGUGGAGAGGGAGAGAGAGAGCUCACAUAGUGGGAAGAAACAUAUUGACGUUGAUGGAAUAAAUAUCAAUACAGAAUAAAUAAAGCGAG